UUGCAAUACUUUCUUUCAAAUUUUAGUACAAUUUCCUGUUACUCCUUACCACCCCCCUCAGAUUGGUCCCUCCAGCAUGAGCAGUCCUAUCAAUCUAUGAGCAAAGGCGGCCAGGUAGCCUCAUUAAAAGCUCUUCAGGCUCAGCCACAACCAAACCAUUUUACCCUAGUUUCCUCUAUUUCUCAGAAAUUCAGUUUACUUAUCUCCUCUGCGAACUAACUUCCAACCCAACUGGUAACAAGAGCUAUCAGAAUGCAAAAGUGUGAUGUAAAAAAUAUCCCUUCUAGAAGCUAACCUGCAUGGGAUUUCCCAAAAGCAGAAAAUCAGACCAUGGAAAACCCAGGCUUUCUCAUAAUCUAAGAUGUUCCUACCAGUCCACAUGAUCUAGAAAGUUCAUCAGUAAAAUUCUAAGAACUAGAGAGAUUCUGACCAUGAUAUUAUGAGUGCAAAUGAUUUUAAAGAAAAUAAUUUCUCAUUUUAAUUACUAACUUCCCUUCCCUUCUUUUUUAAACAGAUUCUUUUUCUUUUUUUCUGAAGAGUCAUCCUUACUUUCCCACAAGAUGACAAACAGUUCUAUCUUCUGUCCAGUUUACAGAGAUCUGGAGCCAUUUACAUAUUUCUUUUAUUUAGUUUUCCUUAUUGGAAUUAUUGGAAGUUGUUUUGCAACCUGGGCUUUCAUCCAGAAAAACACAAAUCAAAGGUGCGUAAGCAUAUACUUAGUGAAUUUGCUUACGGCUGAUUUCCUGCUCACUCUGGCACUGCCAGUGAAAAUCGCUGUGGACUUGGGCGUGGCACCCUGGAAGCUGAGGAUAUUCCACUGCCAAGUGACAGCCUGCCUCAUCUACAUCAAUAUGUACUUAUCGAUUAUCUUCUUAGCAUUUGUCAGCAUUGAUCGCUGUCUUCAGUUGACACACAGCUGCAAGAUUUACCGAAUACAAGAACCUGGAUUUGGCAAAAUGAUAUCAACCGUAGUGUGGGGAAUGGUCCUUCUAAUAAUGGUGCCAAACAUGGUGAUUCCUAUCAAAGAUAUCAAGGAAAAGCCAAACGUGGGAUGCAUGGAAUUCAAAAAGGAGUUUGGGAGAAACUGGCAUUUGCUGACAAACUUCAUAUGUGUAGCUAUAUUUUUAAAUUUCUCAGCCAUCAUUUUAAUAUCAAACUGCCUUGUAAUUCGACAGCUCUAUAGAAACAAAGACAAUGAAAAUUAUUCCAAUGUGAAGAAAGCUCUCAUCAACAUACUCUUGGUGACUACAGCCUACUUCAUUUGUUUUGUUCCGUAUCACGUUGUCCGAAUCCCCUACACGCUCAGCCAGACCGAAGUCAUAUCUGACUGUCCAACCAGGAUCUCCCUCUUCAAAGCCAAGGAGGCCACGCUGCUCCUGGCUGUGUCGAACCUGUGCUUUGACCCUCUCCUGUACUAUCACCUCUCAAAGGCAUUCCGCUUAAAGGUCACUGCGACCUUUGCUUCACAUAAGGAGAGCCAGGCUCAGAAAGAAAAACAAAGUUGUGAAAACAACCCAUAGAAUAUGGGAUUGCACUAUAACUUUAUGCUACCACUUCUUCCCUUGCUGGACAGUAAGUACAAAACGACUGGGAAAGAG